ACAUCAGCACACACAAGAAGAGGAAGAAGAAGUCAAGUCAGUGAUGUCAGUUUAAAAUUUUAUUCUUUUUGGUCCUAUCUCCGCCAUUACUGCUGCCUAGGCCUACUGGAUGGUACAAGAGGCCAAGAUGGACGUGCUGUUGCCAAUAUUCCAGCUCCUGUAUUUUGUCGUCCAUUUUCUAUACAGUUUGGCAGAGAAUGUAAACAAUACCUUGAAAUUAAUAGCUGGAAUAAGAGACUCGAAUUGCCACAAGGAACCGCAAUACACGAUACAGGAACACUUGGAAAUAGCAGAAAAUAAUAUAAAUAAGGCCUCUAUUUGCCACAAUGAACUGCAAUGCACCCAAAAUAUUGACUCUGCCUUGAAAAACACCUGUACCACUGCUUCGAAAUACCACAAUGAACUGAAAUACAAGGAAAAUAGUGAAGAAAUAACUGGAAAUAGGAUUCCUACUUGCCACAAUGAACCGCAAUGCACCCAAAAUAUUAAAUCUGCCUUGAAAAACAGCCCUAAAUUACUGAAAGGAGGCGGAACAACAUUACAAAACCCAAAAACUUUCCCUGAAACACCCAAAAAACGACCCUGAAACGUCCCUAGAACACGUUAAAAACAAUCAAAGCAUCCCUGAAACACCCCAAAACGACCCUGAAAAGUCCCUAAACACCCCAAAACACUGUCAAAACACGGGGAACAUAGGCAGGCCAUCCCCUAAAUACCCCAAUGAACUGCAAUGCACCUCCAGUCACCCCAAGGGACUGCAAUACACCCCCCAAUGCAGCUUAACUCCCUCCAAACAUUUUCAAAAGCUUCCUAAACAUGUUGCUUUUAUUUCCCCGGUAAAGCUGACUGAUAUUUCCGCCAUUGUUUCCCUCGUCGUCAGUGUUGCCAGCUACGGGGUUAGACAUAUUUCCCUAUACGAUGUUUUUGGGGAAAUUUGCGCCAGGAAAUCGGAAAUUCUUGGUGAACUUAAGAAAAUGGAAAUAUUUGAAUUUAGAGUUAGGGAAAUUGAUGGGAAUAUUAAAGAGAGUGAGAGAGGGGAAACUGAUGGGGAAAUUAGAGCAAGGGUAACUGGAAACAAGGAAGCUGAGACAGGAGAGAGGGAGAGGGGAAAACAGAUGGAAAUUCUUGAAAGGAAAAGGGAAAGUCAUAGAAACAAGCUUGAAAAACAGCACGGGGAGGAAACACAGCUUGAAAAAUACGAAAGUUACCCUGAAAAUGAUGAAAAUGAGGAAAUUAAACUUGGAAGGUACGAAAGUGACCCUGAAAAUGAUGAAAAUGAGAAAAUUAAGCUUGGAAGGUACGAAAGUGACCCUGAAAAUGAUGAAAAUGAGAAAAUUAAGCUUGGAAGGUACGAAAGUGACCUUGAAAAUGAUGAAAAUGACAAAAUUAGCCUUGAAAAUGACAUAAUUAAGCUUGAAAAUGAUGAAAAUGAUGAAAUUCAGCUUGAAAAACAUGAAAGUGACCCUGAAAAUGAUGAAAAUGAUGAAAUUCAGCUUGAAAAAUACGAAAGUGACCCUAAAAAUGAUGAAAAUGAGGAAAUUAAGCUUGAAAAAUACGAAAGUGACCUUGAAAAUGAUGAAAAUGACAAAAUUAGGCUUGAAAAUGACAGAAGUAAGCUUGAAAAUGAUGAAAAUGAGGAAAUUCAGCUUGAAAAAUACGAAAGUGACAAAUUUAAGCUUGAAAAUGACAGAAUUAAGCUUGAAAAUGAUGAAAGUGAUAAAUUUAAGCUUGAAAAAUACGAAAGUGAGAGGAUUAAGGUUGACAAUGAGGAAAUUAAGCUUGAAAAUGAUGAAAAUGACCUUGAAAAUAAUAAAAGCUGCAAAACCAAGCUUGGAAAAUUUGAAAAGGGUGAAAAUGAGAAAAGGAAGCUUGAAAAUUAUGAAAGUGACCUUGAAAAAUAUAAAAUGAAGGGUGAAGAUGAUGAAAAUGACCUUGAAAGUGACGUAGGUGCUAAAUUAAAGGUAGAAAACAGGAAGAUUUUGUGUGGGAAUGAAAAUGAGGGCCAAACUGAAGGUGACGGUGGUGAAGGUGACGGAAAUACAUGUAGUGAAGAUCAUGAAGUUGAUAGUGACGAUAGGAACCUUGGAGAAAGUGAUGGUGAACAAGUGAGGGGUGAAAAUGAGUCAAAGAAGGUGAAUAUUAGUGAAUAUGACCUGAAAAGCCUUGAAACUUGUCUUGAAAGUGACCUAGCAGCUGAAAAUGAUCAUAGCAAUAGGCCUGUUGUUGUUUUGACGUUUUUAGGCCUAAGGGACGGCCGUGAGGGGCUGGCGAGGGCUGCAGAGACACUGGCUGUUAACUUCGCUAACACAGUGGGGUUAGAAAUAGCCCAACGCAAUGACAAAAUAGCCCAAAUAUCCUCAAAACUAGCCCAAAACACCUCAAUACUAGCCCAACAUGCUGAGAAACUAGCCCAAGAUAUUGAACACCACUCAGAGAUAGCCCAAAACACCUCAGAAAUAGCCCAAAACACCUCAAAACUAGCCCAACAUGCUGAGAAACUAGCCCAAGAUAAUGAACACCACUCAGAAAUAGCCCAAAACACGUCAGAACCAGCCCAAGAUAUUGAACACCACACAGAAAUAGCCCAAAACACCUCAGAACUAGCCCAAGAUACUCAACACUACUCAGAAAUAGCCCAAAACACCUCAGAACUAGCCCAAGAUAUUGAACACCACUCAGAAAUAGCCCAACAUACUGAUAAUCUAGCCCAAAACAGCCAAUGCAGCCAAGAAAUAGCCCAAGACACUCAAAGUAUUCAUAUUCUAGCCCAACACUUCCCUGAAAUAGCCCAAGGAUCAAAACACUCUGAUAAUUGCCAAAACACGCAACAAACACCACAAAACACCACAAAACACAAUAAAAACACUCAAAAAAAUACAAAAAACACCUCAGGAACCUCAAAAACAUCCCAAAAUAUACAUACGACCUCAAAACUAGCCCAAACCCCUUCCACUGCCUCAGAAAUAGCCCAAACAUCUCUGAAGCCAGCCCAAAACCCGCCCAACGGCCUCUAUGACAGCCUAAAUCUGCCAAAAAUCUCAGAUAUUUUAGACCUGCUGACUCAUAGGCCUACCAUGGACCCAGAAUUAGUUAUUACAAUAGGUCAAAAGAAUUCUAUAGGCCUAAAUUCGACACUAGGCUUCCCCCCAUUGAGUUUGCGUGUAUCUGAAAUUCAUUUUUUGAGUUUAAGUGAAGGAAGGGUAGGCCUAAAGAAUAUUAUGGAGGCCUAUGCUGGCUGUGAGCAACGGUGGGGCAGGUAGAGAGAGAGAGAGAGAGAGAGAGAGAGAGAGAGAGAGGAUUUGUAUAGUGUUCGAUAAUUGUUACAAAAUGUACGACCAACUGUUUUAUUUUCAUUUAUUCGUAUUUUUUCGUUAUAUUUUUGUAAUUUCAUUGUUGUUUUUGUUUUCGUUUCGUUUUUGUUGAGUUUUUUUUUAUUUUGAGAGAGAGAGAGGUGGUUUUUUUUGAAAAUGUACGAUACUUUUCGGAAAAUGUACGACGGAAAGUAGAAAUGUUAUUAUUAUAAAUAUUAUUUACAUUAUUUUUGAAAGAGAAAGAGAAUAAUCCUGUUAUUAUUAUUAUUAUUAUUUUUAUUAUUAUUAUUAUGAUUAUUAUUAUUAUUAUGAUUAUUAUUAUUAUUAUUAUUGUUAUUAUUGUUAUUACUACUAUUAUUAUAUGGGUUUAGGUACUUAUAUUAUUAAGUUACCUGUGUAAAUAAAAAUAAUAAUAAUAAAAAUAAUAAUAAUAAUAACAGUAGUAGUAGUAGUCAAAUUAUUAUUAUUAUUAUUAUUAUUAUUAUUAUUAUUAUUAUUAUUAUUAUUAUUGUGGGAAAUGUUUUGUUGUUUAAGAAAGAAGGAAAAAAUAAAUAAAGAUAAUUAAAGU